AUGGAGAAGGAGCUAAAGCUACUCAGCAACCAGGCCAGGUUCAUCUCCGCCAUCAUCAGCGGCGAAAUCAAGUACAUCCGGAGGAAGAUGGAGGAGCUGCUGCAGGAUAUAAUCGACAAGGGGUUCGAUCCCAUCCUAAGAGAGGGGUCGCUGCCCGUGCCCGAUGACGAAGGUGAAGCUGCGGCAGCAGGAGAAAGCCCGGAUGAAGAAGACCCCAGCAGCUGCUACUAUGAGUACCUCACCUCUAUGCCAAUGCGUUUCUUCAAUGACGAGUACCUGCAGCAGCAUCUUCUCAAGAGGAUAUCCGAGAUCAAGGAGGCGAUGCGGUCGUCUCACACUAAACACAUGGAUGCUCAAUCGGAUCGAGAGGCUACCGGAAACGAUUGUGUGCCUGAAGCAGCAGCAACAACGCCCAGGAGACGGUGUAAGAGGAGUGCAGCAGAAUCGGUGCCCAUAGAUGACGAUGACAACGAGGAGGAAGCCGCCGCCCAACUGUACGACUAUCUGGCCGCAAUUGUUGGGCUUGGCCCCCAACAACAUGCUGGUAACGCCUACUCAUCUUCAUCUCUUGCAAAAAAGUUUAAGCUGAUUGGUGGUAGGAGUAAAUACUUUUUGCAUGCAUAG